GGCAUUGGGAGCUCUGUGUGUGUGUGUGUGUGUUACACGGCGUUGGGAGCUCCUGUGCUGCGAGUCCUGGGGAGAGGAGAGGAGAGGAGACGGCGGCAGCAGAGAGGGAGCGCGGAGGCCGAGGUCAGUUUCAUGAUCCCUUCAAACACAGCCAUCAAUGACCUCUUUGUUCUCAGACUUGUUUGGAACCCAGCCCAUCAAUUCAACCUACAAUGACAAUGGCAACGUAUAGGCCUACUUGGGACCUAGCACUCGAUCCCCUAAUAUCUUGUAAACUAUGUCUUGGGGAAUAUCCUUUAGAGCAAAUGACAACACUAUCGCAAUGCCAAUGCAUAUUCUGUACACUGUGUCUGAAGCAAUAUGUGGAACUGUUAAUUAAAGAGGGCCUGGAAACUGCGGUAAGCUGCCCUGAUGCUGCUUGUCCAAAGCUAGGACAUCUGCAAGAAAAUGAGAUUGAAUGUGUAGUUGCAGUGGAACUUAUGCAGAAAUAUAAAAGAUUGCAAUUUGAAAGAGAAGUGCUUUUGGAUCCAUGCCGAACUUGGUGCCCAUCCUCAGCUUGCCAAGCAGUCUGCCAAGUGGAGGAGGUGGACUUGCAGCAACCCCAACUUGUACAGUGUGCUGUUUGUAACUUGGAGUUUUGCUCUUUCUGCAAAGAUGUUUGGCACCCAGGCCAGGCUUGCCAAGAAAACCUGCCAAUUACCUCGGUACUUCCUGGAGAAACAAGUUCAUUUUUUGAAAAUGAUGACGAUGAUGAUGUACCAAUCAAACGCUGUCCAAAGUGUAAAGUCUAUAUUGAAAGAGAUGAAGGAUGUGCACAAAUGAUGUGUAAAAACUGCAAACAUGCUUUCUGCUGGUACUGCCUGGAGUCUCUUGAUGAUGACUUUCUUUUAAUACACUACGAUAAAGGACCAUGCAGAAACAAGCUGGGCCAUACUCGUGCAUCUGUUAUCUGGCACAGAACACAAGUAGUUGGAAUAUUUGCCGGCUUUGGCCUGCUGCUGUUGGUAGCUUCACCAUUUCUGUUGCUUGCCACACCAUUUGUUCUCUGCUGUAAGUGCAAAUGUAACAAGGGAGAUGAUGAUCCUUUACCUACAUAAGUCUAAUGCCCAGAGACAAAAAAAACAAGACGUCUACAUUGUAUGAACAUUCUUUCCUAUCUCCAAUCAUCUUAACUGCCUUAUUUGACUAUCAUGCUUUACAGUGCCAAAAUGUACUGCUUCGAAUUACUCAACUGUUGCACACUCCAGAGUCUCUAAAGAAUACAGUCAAUAAAAAAGCUGAGAGGCAGAAAUGGAUGCCCAGCACACAGCUAUUCAUGUAAUUGUCUCACUGGUCAGAAGCUCUGGAUUUCAUGUAGUAAGCUCGAAAAUAAUGUGCUUCAAAGACUCCAAAAGAGGCAAUAGUUUUGACAGUGUGUGGGGCAGAUGAGUUGCAGCUAUACAUUUAAAUGCAUAAUAGGCACAUUGAAACAGUUAUGUAAAUAUGAAUGUUGUAUUAUAUGUUAUACAAUCUAUUAUUUAUGUUUGAAAGUAUGAUUAUUGUUUCAAUGCAAAAACAAACUAUCUCCAGAGGGUCCCAAUGCAUAAAUAUUUAAUCCAAAAAGCUUUUGACGGGUUCUUUUAGUUGAUUUGAAUUUGACAUUUAAUGGUUUCAUAAUUACCAGAAGGUGUCGCCUUCGAUCUGUGAGUAUUCAUACCAGUCCACAGUAAUAAUAACUUCUCUUUACAUUUUAUGUGCUGCUUGUAAAAUUUGAAUAUACAGCCACCUCGUCCUUUUAAUAACCUAUUGUACUGCUGUUAUCAUUUUAACUGCAGAAGCCAAGGAUAGUUGCUGCCUAUGACAGGUUGUAUGCUGUAGCAGUCCUUCAUUACAUGCCAGUAACAAUCAUUGUACGUAUUGACAAUUGGGUUCCAGUGGCCUUUUCUUCCAAGUUGUUAUAGCUUUGGUUUUCAUUGGAGUUUCAUAUGUAAAUGUAGUCAUGU